AUGGACGACAUUUCAGACAUUCUCACCAACGAGGCCCGUCCCAAGGCAGACUCGACCAUCACCGUGCGCGUCAUAAAGUCCUUCGAGUACCGCACCCACCGCAGCCUCGUCCUCCACCAUCUCAACCUCGAGUCCACAACCGCCGCCGAUCUCAAGAAAACAAUCCUACAAACGAUCCAAACCCAGUCUCCAUGGAAGCCCUACCGUAACGUCACCCUCGACACCUUCAAACUCUACACCCAUGCUCAUGGCUCAAAGACCACCAACUUGAUUGUCAAUCUCGAUCAUGACGAGUGGAUAAUACAAGAUGAGGACAAGACUUUGGCCGACCUCGGAUUUGAAAACGAGACAGAAGUCAGCUUCUUUAAUCGCGAUGCGUAUGAGAAAUUCAAGCUCAAUCCCGAGACCAAAUGGGACCCGUAG